GCUUUACUUGAGAAAAAUCCGUCCAUCGUUCAAGCAACAGAUAAAUAGCUACUUUCAGAGACAAAUCCAUCAACAAAUGGCAGAGGAAGACAGAGGUGACCACAGGUGCUGCUGCUAUUAAAAGCAAACUGCAUGCUUUUAAUCAGAAUAUUAGGGAACAAGUUGCUUCUUAUAUGAGAGAUCCAAGCAGGGUGGUUAGGCAGAUGCAGAUGAGGAAAUCAGCAGUUUCUGUAUUUGGCGCUGUUCCUGAGGAGAAAAAUACUGCAAAGGGGGAGGAGACACAAUCCGAAGCUGGUGCACAAGCUGACGGUGACCCUGAACUUUUGGAUGACUCUGAGUUUUACCAGCAGUUACUGAGAGAAUUUUUUGAGACAAUUGACCCAGCAUCUUCUGGUAAAAUUAUUAGGGCAUCUCAUACGGAAUACAUGAUUGCAUUUGAAUGUGAUAUACUGUUUAUCCAAGUCUAUUGGCGUUUCGGUAAAUCAAAACACGGUCAGAUUGCAUUUAAAAAUUGUGGCUUUUGAAAUUGUUUAUGAUUGUAUACGCCCAAGUGAUGCCGGAUAUCCUUGUUAAUUUUCUGUUGCAUGAGGUCGUAAGCAAUCAGUGGCAGGGAAAAAAAAUUUCGUAACGCUAAUGCCAUAAUGUACACAAUA